CCAGUCAGGCCUUUUAAUAACGGGCCUGCCUUAGCACUGGCCCGUCUCCCUGUGACGCUGUAAAAGCCGUAAGGCUAACAGCAUUAUAGUUUACAAAAAAAAAAGCAACGAAUUAUAUAUUCCUUAUUUCUACCCAAACGUCUUUUGCGUGAAAGAAAUCUUUUUUCACCGCACGCCCUUUUCUAAUAUUAGCCGCCUUCCACUAGUGAUUAUUUUUUCAGAAAACUCAUUAAAUAGGCGAUUCAACCGAACGGCUGUGUGGAGAAGCAUAUCGGUUGCAGGCGGCGGCACUGUCUCCUUGUUAUCUACGACAGAGAUCUAAAAUUAGCCAUGAAAUGGAACUGGGAAUCAUAAAACUCGGAUGGCAAAAAAACCUGGUUAGCAAAGUCUCGGUGUUCUAGGAUACAAGACAAUUAAAAAAACUUAAAGAAAAAGUAUUAUUCUUAGCUCUGUCUUUAUGAACUAGUAUUACAGAUGCCAUUUUUAAUAUAAUUAUUUAACUCAGGUAAGCAACAAGGUCAAAAGAAAAUUAUUAAUACAAAUAUCUCUAAAUACAUUACAUUAGUUAAAUUAAGAAAUGUCCAUAAUUAUACAUAAAAUGCAAAAAUCUAAUUACGUUACAACUUUUUUUUAACUCAUAUAUAAAAUUAAAAAAAUCCUUUUCAACUUUAAAAGCUAUAAUAAUUAUUUCAAUCACUAAGUUACACAAAAACAACAAGAUUCAGUAUGAAAAAUGUUUGAAAGAAAUAAAAUUAUACACAAAUAGUGAUAAUUUAAUUUUAUAAUCAGCCCUUAACUUUUGAUCAUAUCACAGGUAUCGAUGUAAUUGGUGUUUUGAGAAACCGAAUUAAUAUUAAUAUAUUAAACAUGUAAAUAGUGUUUACAAUCACAUUCUGUACACAAGAUAAGUAUCUGUAAGUCAUUAUAUUCUAUUUUCCUGAAAAAUUGGUCUAAAAUACAUCCAACAGUAGUCCCUUUGCGAGGAAAAAAGCUUUUGAUUACAUGAUUAAAUAUGUAUUAAUGUGUCCAUUUAGGUUAUUUGUUUAAUUCACAUGUAUUUGCCCUCCGCACAAGAUAAAGAUAACCUUAUAUAUUAUUUUAAUACCAUCAGUUACUCGUAAAGUAGCAAGAGCGCGUUCCAAGCUAUUCUAACCUAUUGGAGUUUUUACUUAAAAUAUACUAUAAAACGCUUUCUGCAAUCUACUAAGAACAUGUUUAAAAAAGUGUUAAUGUUUUUGUUUCUCUGCAAAAUCUGCGACGGAGUGGAAUUCAGGGAUUUAAGAUAUUUCGGGGAAAGGGUGAGAAACAUGAGUUUAGAAAUGUUUUACUUUACGCAGUUAGAAAACGAAGGUGAUCUGGUGAUGGCACCCUUUAGUUUAUGGUAUCUGAUCUCCCUCGUCGCAUUUAAAUCAUCCUCAGACACCUGGAGACAGCUUCAUUCCAUCAUAGGAAUAUCAAAACGGAACGGACAAUAUUUUAAUUCAAUUUUCAAGUUUACAACAGAUGUUAUGACGGAUGUCUCCAAGUUUCCUGGAGUGUCAUUCAAGAAUGUACAGAUUGUAUUCUGUGACGCAAAUCUAGAAUUGACACAAUCAUUUCAAAGGAGUGUAAUUGAUUCUGGAAUGUCGUUGAAGAUGCUAGAUUUUGAGGAUGGCGUUUCCGCGGCUGAAGAAGCGAAUCAUUAUUAUCAAAACCUAUCCAAUAAUACUUUUUCACCGGAAUUAUUGAUUUUCGAUAGCACCACUUUCAAUGAAUCAUCUAUGAUAUUGAGCGGUAUUGUCGAAUUUGAAGGCAACUGGUCUUUACCCUUCAAAAAAUCUGAUACAAUUCUCAAAAACGGCACUGACAUUUAUAUAAUGCAACAAAAAGCGAACAUUCAGCAAGUUAAUAUAGACAUUUUAGGGGCUUCCGUCCUAGAACUGAAUUACGGAAAGAGUGAGGACUUUAAUAUGGUAGUACUUACACCCCACGAAGGCGUGUCCAUUAAGGACGUCUUAAUAAAUUUUGAUAAAAUUUCAUUUACUGAUCUACUCAGUAAAUUGCAUAGCGAACCACUGAAAGAAGUAGACGUGAAAUUACCUAAAUUUUCGGUGAUUUCCACAAUAUCAUUAAAUGAUCCCUUAACGUCUAUGGAAGCGAGGGAUAUAUUCUUGCCUAGUCGAGCUGACUUUUCGGGUAUAACGGAAGAAGAAAUGUAUAUAUCCUCGAUAGAACACAGAGCCUUAAUAACAGUGACGGAGACAGGAACUCGGGCAACAGCAUUCACUCCGGCAAACUCAUCUAAAGACAGGAGAACGACUAUCACAGAUUCAGUUUCACCUUUCCUUUUCCUUAUAGUGUACCGCCCUUCAUAUAAUAUUCUUUUUUGUGGCAAAUACGGAGCGUGAAUACCUGUUUGUUGUAUAUCACUGUUCUUUUAUAUAAGAUUUUUUUACAUUAUAAAUCUAAAAGAUAAUUUUUAUUUUGA